UCAGAGUCUACUCCGCGCAAGAACUUCACUCUAAUUAGCCAACUUCUUUCUUGGUUCGCUCAGUUCCGCGUUCUCACCCAAGCUUAUCGCCACUCACCGGAGGCACGACUUGAUCCUCUUUGCUUCAACAGACUUCAACAGGCUCGAGCUCAGUCGAGGGAACGCUAGAUCUGACAAGGGAAGAAUAAGGAAGCAUACAUUCACUUCUUGACGCCGAUGAGCACUUCGAAAGCGCACGUGGAUUGAAAGGUUUAUCACACUUAAAACUGUGAUCAUACCAUUGGUUAGUGUGUUUAAUUAUUGCUUUCAGGUUACUUUGUAAGUGAAAUUGAAAAAAUACACCGGCACCACAAUACCAAUUGAAUAGCUGUGCCUUGAAACAGUUUGAUCAAUAGGUGUGAAGGCAGCAGACAAGGAGUACCGGCGCCCUGCACCUGCACUCUACCGGCGCCCUGCACCUUCACUCUACCGGCGGGCACAGGUGCUACUGUAGUCUCAAAAGUUGGCAACAUACUGCGACAGGGUCAGCAACAAAAUAGGAAAACAAAACAAAAAUCCGAUUGAAAGAUAUAAAGAAAAACAAGUGUCUGAGAGAAAGAGAGAGGGAGGGACAUAGAGAGAGAGAGAGUGAGAGAGAGAGAGAGAGAGAGAGAGAGAAAGGAGAGAGAGAGAGAGAGAGACACCCCCUGGAGAAUAGCAGAAGACCCGGCCCCCGGCCUGAGUGUAAGAGAGAGAGAGGGUGAGGGAGCGUUUUAAAGCCGGCACAGGCAUGAUGUCCUACAUUAAGCAGCCUCAUUACGCCGUGAACGGGUUAACUCUGUCUGGCCCGGGCAUGGAUCUACUACACUCUGCCGUCGGAUACCCAAACAUCCCCAGAAAGCAGCGUCGGGAAAGGACCACGUUUACGCGCGCGCAGUUGGACAUCCUGGAGGCACUGUUUUCCAAGACGCGCUACCCCGACAUCUUCAUGAGAGAAGAAGUGGCCCUUAAGAUCAACCUACCAGAGUCUCGUGUACAGGUAUGGUUCAAGAACCGUCGUGCUAAAUGCCGCCAGCAGGCACAGCAGAGCACGGGCCAGUCUAAACCUCGUCCACCUAAGAAGAAGGCCUCUCCAGCCCGGGAGGCCAACUCUGAGGCCAGUGCCAACACCAACGGGUCCUACAGUCCAGCACCCCUUCCCCUUGGCACCGCCAUCACCCCCAGCUCCAGCAGUGCCAACGCGACUGUGUCCAUUUGGAGCCCUGCCUCCAUCUCCCCGCUGCCAGACCCCCUGUCAGCCUCCACCACGCCCUGCAUGCAGCGCUCCUCUGCCUACCCCAUGACCUACACCCAGGCCCCGGCCUACACCCAGAGCUACGCAGGCUCAUCCUCUUACUUCACUGGCCUGGACUGCAGCUCCUACCUGUCGCCCAUGCACUCACAGCUCUCUGCCACAGGGGGUGCCCUCAGCCCCAUCACCUCUAUGGGUGGGCACCUAAGCCAGUCCCCCUCUCUGUCCUCACAGGGCUACACAGCCGCCUCGCUGGGCUUCGGGGCCGUCGACUGCCUGGACUACAAGGACCAAGCUGCCUCCUGGAAACUCAACUUCAACGCAGCUGACUGCCUGGACUACAAAGACCAGAACUCCUGGAAGUUCCAGGUCUUGUAGGGGGGAGGAGGUAAGGAAGGGACCAGCCAGGAGAAGCUCCCAUUCCAUUCAGUGUUAAAGACUUGGACACAUAGAUGGUCAACUAAUCAUUUCAGUCCAUGAACUCAUUGACUGAGUAAUAUGUCAUUAUUUCUUGUGUUAUGGACAGCAAUGUGGAAGCAUUGAUGUUGGAAUUUGUGAUUGUUGGGAAGGUGACAAGAAAUCACUGAUCACAUCAAAUCUAUUAUAUCCAAUCAAUCCAAUCAAUCUAUUAUAUCCAAUCAAUAUUGUCAAAUCUAUUAUAUCCAAUCAAUAUUGUCAAAUCUAUUAUAUCCAAUCAAUAUUGUCAAAUCUAUUAUAUCCAAUCAAUACAGCAUUAUCAAUGUGAGAAUGCACAAUCAACACAGCAUUAUCAAUGUGAGAAUGCACAAUCAAUGGUACAUUAAAGUAAUAAAAAUAGUCAUAUAGAAUUGAUGACAAACAAAUCAACAUGUAAAAAGACACUUGAGAUACUAAAAUUGAAAACCGAUUUUAUUAAAAAGGACUACAUACCACACUAUUGAAAGCAAUACCUGUAGAAUGAAAUUUAAAACAUUUAUAAUUUGAUGAAACUGCAUAAUUGACAAAGGUCCAUUCUUGUAUUCCAUAAUCAGGGUUUUGUGGACGAAAUGAACAGAGAUUGCAACUUGAAGGAUGAAUGGGGUAUAAAUUUGAUGGAGAGAAUGAACAAUUGAUUUAAAAAGAGUAGAAAAUAGAAAAAAGAAGAUUCAAAUAUUGGUUGCAAUGGAUCCCAUCGUUCAGGUAGCUGAUAGUCAACCCCAAGUUGAUUUCUGAACUAGAUCUGUCACUCCUUUAGUGGUCUUGUUGUGCUUAAUGGUAACUGAAAACUAGAAAGGAAAAGUGGAAUUCAAUCCCCAAGAUGGGUGGGCUGGCCUUGACUUUUGACCAAAUUUGAUCCAGUGGUUAUUUUUGUCAUUACUUCAGAACAAUUGAAAGUUGUGUACAUUGUAAUGAAGAAAAUGACUCUGCCUUGAAUUUGAUAUUGAACAAACAGAGGGAGUUCCAGCCAUAGGUGAAGACUGACUCCAAUGGGGACAAUGUUGUUUUCUUUUUCCCUCUGUCAUUUGUUUUAUGGUUUAUUUUUGUUAUGAAGCUGCUUUUCAUAUUUGGUGAACAGAGAUCCUGGAGCCAAACAGACACACAGGCAGACACACAGACAGACACACAGACAGACACACAGACAGACGUGCAUGUGUUUCUCAAUAAGCAAGAGGGGAUGGGUAAAGCAAGGAUAACCUUUGGUACUGUCAAGUAGAGACCAUAGGCUAUUGUUGUAUCCUUUUCCCCCAGUAGCUUUGAAGGGAGGGGACCCUCGGCAGACAGUGUGUUAGAGUGAAGGGGGGUAAAGGGGGUAAGAAAGAGGGCCAGGGUUUAGGGCUAUAGGGUUAGUAACAGACCUCUUGUCUUUAAGCACCCAUCAUGGAAUGAAUCACAUCUGGGCACAAGGCAUUCUGGGAUCUGCAAGGAUGACCAAUGUGUAGCCUUUGCGUUUCUAUCCAACUCUGUGUUUGUUGGGGGAGGGUGGACGACUAUGAUGAUUACGUCACUUAAAUACAACAUUUUCCCUUAAUGACUUAACAAACCCUGUUGCCGAAUAUACUGUUACAAUGAGAUAUUUGCAGGAGAGAAGACAGUAGAAAGGGAAGGGUCUGGCCAUGACUGCGCUACCCUUGCACAGAAAGCACGGAGCUUCUCUCAGUUGUUACCUGUAAAGGAGCGAGGGGUACCAUUUUGUGUUGAUGUAUCGUUUCAUCUUUUUUUUGUAUUAGACUAUAACAUAUUAUGUUUCUUUAAAUUUGUGCGUCCUUUGAAGUACAAUUGUGGUAAUUUGUUUGACGUUAAUAUUAUCAUUAUUAAUAUAAUUAUUAUUAAUUCCACAGCUCUUAUGAAUAUUGCUAUUAUUCUGUUUAUUUUGUUCUUUUUGUAAAUAUUAAACUUUACUUGAAAAUGCAAUCAUGUCUGGGACCAACAAUGUGUUACACAGACACACCACGCAACUUCACUCCUAAUUUCUACAAGACUAGCAAUAUAUAUAUUUUUAAUUUCAGUUUUCUGGUCUCGUCUUUUCUGACCAACGUUUUUCAAACUCAGGGCUUUAUCCAAUACAAUUAGUGGUGAUAGGAUAUAAUACUGUGUAUAGUUCUUGAUUGUAUACUUUCAAUAUUUGCAUUCUAAUAUAUGCUUUUCUUUGUGUCUUGAUACGAAUGACUCACCCUCUUUAGUAUAUCAGACAUAUCUCUUGUGUGUUUCCCCAACUCUACAUGGGACAGAUAUUUAGUUUUAAGACAUUAAACAACUGAAGAAAGUC